GUAAAAUGUGCCGAGGCACAAUGAAAUGGGUCGCCUAUCAUCGUAUCAUCGUAUCCCGCUCUCCCCAGACGGCCUGCCCAUCUCCCUCUUCUCCACCAACCCCCGGGCCUUAUCAUGAUGUGAUCUUCGAGGGCGGCCUCAGGGUCGGCGGCUUGAGUACAGUAAACGUCCCCCCUCAUCGAAUCCCCAACCCCGGGCCAAGUCCCCCCAGGCGGCAAACACGAGCACUUGAAUCGACUACAGUACGAGGUGUUGGCUAGUGGUACCAUCUACAAUGUAUUUAUCUGUACUACCCCGGCUUUUCUUCCCCCCUACUACCGAGCAACCUCACUCUUUUUUCUUCCCCAGGGUCCUCGUUCAUUAACCCGAGAUCGCCCUCGUUCCUCUCUUCUCUUUGUCCAUCCCGACUCCCUUGAUUUUGCUGUUCGCCCCUCUUCUAGAUCAGCAUCGCUAGAAGUCAUCUUCCUAGUCACCUAACAUGGCGGCCAAACUCGAUCGGAUCCGCCAUGUGCAACGCUCCGACAAAUCCGCUUAUACCUACUACCCGGUCCUGAUCAUUGGGGCCGGCGAGUCCGGCCUCGCAAUGGGCUGUCGCCUAAAGCAAGUUCUCGGAUUCGACCAGUUCCGCAUCUUUGAAAGAAAGUCCGCUCUCGGCGGGACAUGGUACACGAAUCAAUAUCCGGGCAUUGCAUGUGACAUACCAGCAAUUCUAUAUUCAUAUUCAUUCGCGCAAAACCCCCACUGGACAUCCCUCUUCCCAUCCGGCAAGGAAAUCGUCCAAUAUCUCUACGACGUAUGCGAGAAAUUCGAGAUCCUCGACAAAAUCCAAUACGACACCUCCGUCAAGAGCGUGCGAUGGGUAGACUCCGACUCAGAAUGGGAAGUCGAACUCGAACACCUAGCCCCCGGUGUCGGGGACCUAUCAACCUCCGAACGCAAAGCGCUCGAACGCGAAAAGGGAGUCGACGCCGUCGUAUUGCGAACAGAGACAGUCCGAGCCAAAAUCGUCGUCAGCGCCGUCGGCGGGCUCGUCGAACCCAAACCACCGUUAGACGUUCCGGGGAUCGAAACCUUCGAAGGUGAAAUCGUCCACACAGCCCGCUGGAAGCCCAACCUAGAUCUACGCGACAAGGAAGUCAUCGUGAUCGGCACAGGCUGCAGCGCCGGCCAAGUCGUUCCCGAGCUCAUCAAACCCGAACAUGGCGCCAAACACGUCACUCAACUGAUGCGCUCUCCACCCUGGGCCGUCGAAUUCAUGCCACCCUCCGGAAAAGAAUUCUACGCGAAAUGGAUCCCCUACCUCUCCCAACGGAUUCCGGGGUUCCAAAACGCAGUACGAAAGUUCGCUUUCGGCAUGCUCGAGCUCGAAUUCGUCAGUCUGUUCUCACCGACCGAGGCGGCCCGCGAGCGUCGCAAGAAGAAAGCCGAGCAACUCCUCGCAUACCUGCGCCGCAAAGUGCCCGCUAAAUACCACGAGAUCCUGACUCCAGAUUACGAAGUCUUCUGUAAACGGCGCGUCGUCGACGAAGGAUGGUUCGAUAGUCUCAACAGUCCAAAAGUCGAGUUGACCACAUUACCACUCACAGCCGUACAACCAAAAUCCGUCACCCUAGGUCCUGGAAGACACUAUCCGCCCAUGUCAAAACAAGAUUCCAACGCACCCACGGACCAACGCACCGUGCCUGCCGACGUGAUAAUCAUGGCCAACGGCUACGAAACAAAUCAAUGGCUGCAUCCGCUUGACGUCACCGGUAGAGACGGACGUAGUCUCUACAAGACCUGGGACGAACGCGGUGGGGCCCAGGCUUAUUUGGGGACCGCCAUGGACGGGUUUCCUAAUUUUUUCAUGAUUUUCGGCCCCAACACCGCCACGGGACACAGUAGUGUCAUUCUCGCCUCGGAGAAUAUGGUCAACUACAGUUUGAAUUUUAUUGGUCCCAUCCUCCGCGGCGACGUCGAUACCUGGGAGGUUACAGAACAGGCGGAGCGCAAUUGGACCGACGAUAUCCAGCGCGCCCUGAAGAACUCCGUUUUCCUGUCUGGCGGUUGCAAGUCGUGGUACAAUGCCCCGAAUGGCUGGAAUUCCACCGUCUACCCUUGGACGCAGAUCGAUUUCACGCUUCGAUGCACUUUCCCCAAGUGGCGCGACUGGUCGGCAAAGUAUACGAGAAAGGGGCUGCUGAAGUUGCGUCUGGCUCGCGCCCUCAAGUUGUUCGGCCUGCUGGUGGCCUUGACUGGCGUCGUUUUCACCGCCAGGAACGGCACCGAUCGCCUGAGAGAGCUGGUAUCGCAAACACUAAGACGCACUGUCGAUGGCGUUAGACGUGUGGUUGGGAGAAUUGCAGUAUGAGCAUGGUUAGACAGAUAACUAUUGAGACACUGACUGGUAGCUAAGAUAUUCAUCUUCUAGAUCGUUCGGAGAUACAAUGUCAAUUACAUGCAUCGACAAUUGUAUGUUUGGAGUCAACAGUAUCAACAUGUUCUGCUACUGUAUGCAUACUGUGUCUGGGCGGCUAAUUCCCAAUGAUGUAACACGUCGUCCAAGCAAAACGCCGUUCGCCCUGCUGUAACAAAACUCGGCCAUUGCCCUGUCAAAACACAAUCGAAACAGAAAGGCCGUAUCGUCUUGGCCGGUAACCCUCAACUCUCCAGCGUUCUCGGUCCGCAAUGACCGGGUCUCUUCUCUGCUCAACCAGGGAUCUAGCAAUCUGCUAGUCAACUUCAACAUCCCACUUCCGACGCCACCUCAAAACAGGCUCAAAUACCAACGAGGGCGACCUUGUUCACCCUUUGGCAGGAUCAAAAAGCACACCGACUAUCUCGUCCAAGAUGGUAAAGACGAGAUGUUGAUUUAGCCGUGCAUUGUUCAUGGUCGCCGACAACCUUCGAGCAGCUGCCUGGGCAUUGGCACGCCCAACAACAUUCCCCGCUAGGUCAGGAAUCAAGGUUGCCAAUAUCGUCGACGCCUCUGCUCGAGACUUCUUCUUCUCUGAAGCCGUUCGUGGCUUGGCCUCUCUCCAUUUGCCGCCGCCAGGCCACAUGGUCUCCUUAACCAUGUCGAUGUAUUUGAGUAACGAAUCCUCCUGUGUAAAGCCCUUGACCAUUUCCCGCACCUUACGUUCGACCGUGCCCCCAAGCAACUGGUGUAAGACCACGAUAACAGCACGGCCGCGAAGCCAGUUGUUCCCGCGGUUCAGCUCAAAGGUCUCGAGAAACAAAUCGCAGAUGGGCUUGACGAACGGUUCCAGUUCUUUAUCUUCAAACGCCGCCAAUUCUGCUUCUGCUUCAGCUACCGGGCCGGCAUCUAUCGACACAAUCUCGCCUUGGUUGUUGACUCCAAACUGGUUGGUAGCUGCUGAUAUCAGAUUCUGGCCAGCCACCGACAGUUGAUCAAGGACCGACACAUUGCCAAG